AUGACAGAGAGCAGCACUACAUCUACAGUACGAGACGGUAUGUCAUCUGAAAUUUUUAAAGUAGCAAUAAAAGUACCACCCUUUUGGCCCGAAGAGCCGGAAAUAUGGUUUGCUCAGGUGGAAAGACAAUUCGCUAUUUCAAAAAUUACCAAUGAUUUAACCAAAUUUAAUUACGUAAUAGGUCAACUCGACCAACAAUUUUCUAAAGAGGUAAAAGACGUAAUUAUCAACCCGCCUGUAGAGGGAAAGUAUGACAAGCUCAAAUCAGAAUUAGUUAAGCGUCUCACUGCAUCAAAGGAUAAAAAGGUGAAACAAUUAUUAAUGCACGAGGAGCUGGGAGAUCGCAAGCCCUCGCAGUUUCUAAGACAUUUGCAGAGUUUAGCUGGACCGAAGGUACCGGAUGAGUUUCUUCAAACGAUUUGGACCAGCCGCCUUCCUGCACGUAUUCAGACCAUCCUUAUAGCACAACCUACGGCUGAUUUAGAAGUAUUAGCGGAUUUAGCUGAUAGAAUCAUGGAUCUCACGCCAUGUUCACCCCACGUUGCUGUCAUGAGUCGUGAUGGUGCAGGCCCUAGUUCCAGUAAUAUGGCGAACGAAAUAGCAGAGUUGCGUAAACAAGUGAAGUCACUCACUAUGCAAUUGGAUCGUCGUCAGCGCUCUAGUUCUAGGAAUUCACAUUCACAACGUAGCCGAUCAUCAUCAAGGUCCCAUAACAAUUAUAAAAAGUUUCCCGUAUGUUGGUAUCAUCAUAAAUUUGGUAGCAAAGCGAACAAGUGCGUAAAACCAUGCGACUAUAGUCAGGAAAACUAA